AUGGCGACCGAAACCGAUACUCUCUCGUUCUCGUUACCAACUAGUACUGCUCCCACCGAUUUUUCUGAAUCCACAUGCAUGCCUCACUCGACUCCCUUUUACCCAGUCCCCGACAAGCCAGCCGAGUGGGAUUCUAGAAUACCACCACUGCAGCCGACCCCACAAUCACAAGAUACUGUAUCAGGGGGUGGAUGUUUCAACGACGGAGGUCUUUUAUAUAGAGUUCAGGCUGAGCGCGAAUGUCGAGAGGGACCUGGCAAAACCGUUGAAGAGGCCUGCCAACGCUCUCUGAACCACUUCCCAUGUCCUGGACUCGCCUUUCCGAUGCCUGCCCUCGACUUUGACUUUCGAAUCGCUGUCCAUUUAAAUCAAGAGGCUGUCCACGUUGACUCAGGCAACACCAAGGAAAUUACCACCGUAGCAGCGGGAGUUUGGUCCGGAUCUUUUGGCCACGGCCGCGUCAUUGCAGGCGGAUAUGAUCUUGGCCAGGCACGCGGUUUUAGGCCCAUGAGACUUGUCGAGGGCGCCUUUGUCGUCCAAACAAGUGAUGAACAGCCUGCACUUCUCGAAAUGCGCACUCGCGGUUCUCUCUCAGGACCCGCAGAUGUUCUCGACACUCUAUUAAGCCCUCGGACCCCCAAGGACAUUGACCCACGACGAUAUGGAUUCCGCAUGUUCGCCACGUUCAAGACAUCCGACAAGCGUUACGCCGAAAUCGUCAACUGUGGAUUAUGGGUGGCCAGUGGUGCCUGGCGUGGCGAGCACUUGGUUAUCGAGUAA